AUGUUCGGUCGUCUUGCUACCCGCGUUGCUCCCCGACUUGCCCGACCUAUGGUCCGAAACGCCAGUACCAAGAUUGUCCCAGUCGAAGCUGAAGUUUCUACUGCUUACGACGCCGUUCUCGUCGCUUUCUACGCCUGGUUCGUCGCCUACAACCUUCGACGAGUCGUUGGACGAAGCUACACUCCAAUGGACUAUGAGGACAUCAAGGUCAUCAACAACUACUUCGGCCAGUUCCAGCUCCCAUAUCCUUUCACCUCUGGAUAA